UGGUGGACGACGUCAAAGGAAUCGAGGUCGUUUACGUGCAGUGCAUUGUCAGUGUAUGUGUUUUCCGGCCAUCUCCGGCAAUCAUGGCGUCCGAUGGAGAAGGACGUAAAUUGUCAGACUUGAGGGUUGUUGACUUAAAAAACGAGCUUGAAAAGCGUAAUCUGGACACCAAAGGAGUGAAGAACACAUUAAGUGAUCGCUUGCGCAAGGUACUUAUUGAGGAAGGCCACAAUCCUGAUGAAUAUAUUUUCGACAUAGGAUCUCCAGAUAAGAAACAAACCAAGCGGUUAAGUGGAUCCAAAGAAGAAGAAUUAGAUAAUAGUCUUACCGACGAGCCUCAACAAGAGGUUGAAGAAGUGAAGAACGGUGAAACCGAGUCUGUUGUGCCUCCUGAAGAUUCCAGUGCUGACACGCCAAUGGAUCCCAGUAGUACGGAUGGAGAGGGAGUCGGUGGAUCUGCAAAAAUACCUGAUGAUUCAUCAACCAAUGACACCUCCAAGCCUAAUCCAGCAAAUGAUGAAGACAAGCUUGAAAAACAAACACCUACAGAGGAGGUUCCAGAAGAUAAGGAGACCCCCAAUACUCAACAGGAGGAUGGUGAUAAGGCACAACCAGAGUCAAAUGGCAUAGAUAAUGAGGAUUCAAUCAAUCUAACAAUUGGUGAAGAUGAAGAGAAGCUUUUGACAGAAGAGGAGGAAAACAGUAUUCAAGACAAGGAUUCAAAAGAUGAGAGCAUCAACAAGAGAGGAGAUCUAAAGAAGAAAGACGGUGGCACGGACAGCAAGGACAAGAGCCAAGAUCGCAAGGAAGAGAGCAAGAGCAGUGGCUCUAGUGAUCUUAAAUCACCAAAAGAUGAUAAAGAUAAGUCGAAGAAAUCCAGUAGUGGGGGCAGUAGCAGCAGUAGUAGCGGCAGCAGCCGACAUUUGUGGGUUAGUGGCUUAUCUUCCUCCACCAGAGCAACAGACCUUAAACAAGUAUUCUCCAAGUAUGGAAAGGUUGUUGGUGCUAAAGUUGUCACUAAUGCAAGAACCCCUGGUGCUCGCUGUUAUGGCUAUGUGACGAUGGGAUCAAGUGAAGAUGCUUCCAAAUGUAUUCAAAACUUACACCGCACAGAACUUCAUGGGCGCUUAGUUUCUGUUGAAAGAGCUAAAAGCGAUUCCACGGGUCCACCCAAACGAAGUGAUGGCAAAUCUAGCAGCAGUACUGGUAGCAACAGCGCUGAUAAGAAAUCUGAUGACAGGAAGCGUGAACGCACUAGCAGUGCAUCCGCUGAUGAUAAGAAAGAUGAAUCUAGAAAAGAUGUUAAGAAAGAUGGAGAGUCAAAAGAAGGAGAGGAGAAAAAGAGUACUGAAGCUGAAUCAACAGAGGGUGGUGACAAGUUAAAGGAGGAAAAAGAUGUGAAAGAUGAAGGUAGUGACAAAAGUCAACCAGCUCGCACCCGUGAUGACUCUCGAGACAGGGCACGAAACAGAGAACGAGAGAGGCGUGAAAACGAAAGAAAGGACAGGGACAGAAGGCGGAGCGAAGGAAGCAGUCAUUCAAGGACUAGGUCAUCUCCUCAACCUGCUCGUAAACCUGAUGUCCUAACUUUCACUCACAUAAGGGAAGAGCGUGAAAGACACCGUUUACGCGAAAAAGAACGAGAGCUUAGGGAAGAAGAAAGACGUCGACGCGAUGAAGCUCUACGUCAAAGAGAGAUUGAACGUAAACAGCGUGAAGAAUCUGUUAGGCUAGAGAGGGAACGUGAAAAGCUGCGCCGCGAGCGAGAAGCUAUUGAAAGGGAGCGGGCUGAACUUUUGAGAUUGGAAAGGGAUAGACAGCGUUUGGAGCGGGAAAGAUUAGAAAGGGAGAAAGAGGAGCUGAAACUGCAACAGCUGAGAUUUGAAGAAGCUAGGAGGAACCUUAAACGACCUCCAGACGACCGAGCUAGGGAUUACCCCGAUGACCGCAAGAGAUUGGCCACAGAACGAGAUCGCUAUGAACCUCCUCCACGUUUUCCUGACUCCAGAGUUCAGUAUGAAAGCAAAGUAAGGGAGGCCGACAAGUCUAGGAAGAUCCCUGAGUCGACCAAUAAGCAUGAUUCAAGGUCCUCAGAUUUCAAGAAAGACUUCACUCGUACCACGACAACCGCCAGCAUUCCACGUCGCACCCACGAGGAUUCUCGCACUUUGUCGCGUCCUGGACGAGAUGCUCCACCUCCAAGGACUCACAGUGACCUCCAGUCUACCCGUCGUCCAUCACCCACAAGAGCCAAGGACAACCGCUAUGAUAGAAACACGAGCAGCUCAUUCCGUCGGGAUGACAGACGACCAGAACCAGAUAGUCGAUCGAAGAUGGAUGCCCGUGACCCGAGGGACCGUUACAGUGAUAGAUCAAAGAGCGAUUCCAUUAGGGAUGGUGGCCGGUACAGUGAUAGAGGAGAUACCUGGCACUCCAGUAGUAGCAGUGGACCUACAGCCUCAAAACCUUUUAACAAUAUGAGUGUUGGCUUAGGCGUUAGAGAUAUUAGUAGUAGUGUUUGGGAGAGGAAAGAAACAAACAGCUGGAGUCGACCUAUGGAGUCUGGAUCUUCUGACCGGUGGGUUGGCAGUAGCAGUGCACUUGGGGUUGGGAGUCGUCCUCUGACCAGUGGCCCUCUUUAUAGCAGUACUCAAAGUGUUACUCCUGGGGCACUUUCUGCACUGCAGAUGGGCAUCAGCAACAGUAGUAGCUAUAGUAGUGAUCGUUUUGACGCUUACAAGGCUCCAUUAAACUCCUUACGUAAAUACUAAUCAAUUUCAUGUCAACUAUCUAUCUGUUAUCAGGCUCUUUCAUUUUUGCCUAAUGUAUUAAUUGUGUGCUGUGCAUCAUUUUUGUGUCAUGUUGAAAUCUAUUUUCUUUCUACCACAUUUUGAAGUACACUUUUAAUGUUUCUGUUCAUUAUACACUAGAAAUGUUUGUUUGAGCAUCUUAAAUGUUGACAGAUCGUGAAGUCCUUUGUAUUAGGUAAUUCUUAAAUGACGAGCUUCAAAACUGCAAGUUACUCUUGUUUCUGCCCAAUGUAUCCUCAUUGUGAAAUCAUGUUAAGUUGCAAUAGCUUCAUGUUUUAAGUGAAUGCCAUACUAGUUGAAUUUGAUUCAUGAGACGUGUAAAGAGGUAGCAGUGUAAUUGAUUGCCUUUGGCAUAAGUACAAGAGACUGCUUCAAUGUAAUUCCUUGGCCUUUUAGUUCUUGGAACAUAUGGUAUUGGUGAAAUGUGUGUUAGUCAUUUUGAAGGGGUAUUUCAUUGAACUAGCUUAGUUAUCUGGUUAUUUUUGUGGACUAAGUUUGGUUUAUGAGUUAACACUUUUACAUGUCUGAGGUUUUCCUGCAUUUGUUAUGGUACUUCCCACUUCUUUCAAACACUAGCAUUUUCUGACUUCUGUGAUUUGUGUCUUUGAGUGUAAUAUGGUUUGUUUUAUUUUGCCCUAUUUAAUUUGUGGCCUGGUUGCCCUAUAUGUUUUUCAUUUUGGCAGUUAGUUAUUCAUCAAUCUGAAGUACAAUAUUCUAUCAGUGACAGGACUGGUUUGACUGAUGUGAAUUUAUCAGUGUAUGUAAGAAUUUUCAUCCUCAACUUUACCUCCCUAAAAUAUCUUUGUUUUUAGUAUUAACAGUUUUUAUUUGAAUGGAGCAUGAAAGAAAUUCAUUCCAUUAUUUCUGUAUUUCUUUUGAAAAUAAAAAUUUCCGAAAGAAACAGUA